AGGGGAUGUAGUUUGUGCUUUAGAAUUCAUUUGCUAUGGUGGCGUUGAACAUAUGAGUGCAUCAAUAAACUGGUAAAUCUCUCAGUUCUAAACAACCAUAGUUUAUCCGACUUGUAAUACCACUUGCCCCGCAAAAUCACUUUAACUGAUUCGUAUUGUUUUCAGCUACUAUAGCAAGUUAGUUGCCAUUGUAAAAUUAGGAUUUAAUUAUUUUGUGCCAUAACAAUAAUUUCUAUUCUUGGUUCUCGAUUAUAAAACCUUAUUGUGUAGAAUUUCCUAAUUAGGAAAGUAUACCUAAUUAGACUUUUUCCUUCUAACAUGCCAAACCAAGAAACCAUAGUUGGCACUAAGGGAAGAACAAGCAAAAGUAUAAAUAGCAAUGCAUGUCUCUACAGGAGCUUCCUUCUAUGGAGCACACAAGAGGUAUAUAUAAACUUGGCCAACCACUCUCCUUUUUUCUAAAUAAAACAUAAACUUCUUUCAUAGAACACAUAAACUACUAUACACAGUUACAAUGAAGCCUUCAAGUAUAUUUGCACCAGCCGUUGCCUUUGCAAUAACCGCUAAUGCAGCCAACGCUAGUCCUCAAGAUAUUCACUUCUUAACAGAAUUAGUUAAUGAUUUCCAAUCACACAAGCUUGAGUAUCUUAGUUUUUUGGGUACUGCUAGUUCGGUGCCUAUGGACUUGGCCCCACUCGCCACUCAUGUGUUGACAUAUACCGAUGAUUCAUACACUACGAUGUUGGCGGAUACUAGUAUUAAUUUUGCUGCCUUGACUUCAUUUGUCACGCGUCUUCCUUGGCAUACUAGAAUUCAAUUUGAUGCUGCCGCCACCGAUGAUGGCACUGGUACCACUACUGUGACUGCCACUGGAACUAAUGGCCAUACUAGUCCUAGUCCUACUGGUACUGUCACCAAGACCACAACACCAACUACAAGUCCUAGCCCUGGUGGAACUGGCCACACUAGCCCUAGUCCAACUACUGGCACUGAUGGCACUCAUACCGCAACUGCUCAAACCGAGACUGUCACCGGUAGUGAAACUAAAACCACUAGUACUCAUGGUGCCGCUGCAUUAGUGUCUGCUCCUCUUGGUGCUCUUAUUGGUGGUGUUGCGUUUGCUCUUCUCUAAGAAAGAAAGUUUAAUAUUUAAUUUACUAGUUUUAUUGAUUGUUUUUUUUUUGGAUUUUUUUUUAUUUUUAUAUAUAUAUAUAUACCAGCUUAAUGCAUAUUCAAUUUAGGAUCUUAAAACUAGGUCUGUUUUGUAGAUGUUACAAGGGUGCAGUCAUGAAUAGUAGUAGAUAUUUAAGAUUCCAUAAGAAAUUAUCUAGGCAAUCCAAAGGAAUGUCGUGACCUAGGCUUGUUUGACUGGGACAUAUUUCAUUGUAUAGUUUCGUUAUACUGGUUAUUAACCCCACAAGAUUCUUAUUCAAAAGCUUGAUCGCGUAUUCAAAUUCUUGAUUCAUAAGGAUAUAUUUCAUGUUUCCUGUAUUUAUAGAAUUUGAAGUUUUGGUCAAUUUUUCAAUAUUGUUAGUGUUAUAGUAUAGUGGGAAUAUGUAUGGCAGUUUGACUCCACUAUAGGCUUUAGAAAGUGGAUAGCGUUGUGAUAUUCCGUCGAUUAUGACAUUGUGAUUAUUGAGUAUCACCAUCUCAUAUUUCAAUUGGGUGUUGGUUAUGGACGCUAGGAUGUUUAUAAUUAAAACGAUAUAUGAUAAUGCAGU